UUGAAUAUUAUUAACUUCUACCUUGCUUUAAUCACAAGUCCAAUUUGUCAACUCCAUCUUUCUUCUCCAGAUCUCUCACAACAAAUAAUCAAAACACUUCAUCCAACAUACUUUCAAUUCCUUGUUUCGGCGAAUCUUAGUAUGGGUAAAGUUUCAGUAAUCAUUUACAUAACCAUAGCUCUGCUUCUUCUUUUAUUUCUUUCGCAAUCACCCAAGAAGGCGCAGAACCACCGCCACCGGAGGCUUAAACUUCGUUCUUCUUUCCAUUUCAACUCUACACGUCACGAGCCGGUCCCCUUCGACCCGCUCGUCGCCGACAUUGAGCGUAUUCGCGAGGACAGGCACUGGGAGAAACAGUAUAUGGAACACGCGCAUCCUGAGCUUGUGAGCCACGAACACGAGCCUGCCCCGGGCCAUGAGAGUCAGCCCGAGUGGGAGGAUUUUAUGAAUGCUGAAGAUUACUUGAACGACGAGGAGAAGUUCAAUGUUACCAAUAGGUUGGUGCUAUUGUUUCCAAAGAUUGAUGUGCAGCCACCUGAUGGGUAUAUUAGCGAGAGUGAGUUGACUGACUGGAACAUGCAGCAGGCUGAGAGGGACGUGAUGCACAGGACUCAGAGAGAGUUGGAGACUCAUGAUAAAAAUCGGGAUGGACUUGUGUCCUUCGCAGAGUACGAGCCUCCCAGUUGGGUUCGUAAUGCAGAUAAUAGCUCUUUCGGCUAUGAUAUGGGUUGGUGGAAAGAGGAACAUUUUAAUGCGUCGGAUGCAGAUGGAGAUGGUCUUUUGAAUAUAACCGAGUUUAAUGAGUGA